UGUUCCCAUCGGAGACGGUAAAAGGGUUCCUAUACCUGGAGCUCACUGAGACUAGUGUUUUAAAAUCAAUUCAAGGCUGGUUUUUUUCACAGCACUUCCAAUAUUUUCAUGCUAAUGGAAGCUCUGAGUAUGGCCGUGAAGGAAAUCGAAGAUCCCUCUCUCCCUGUCUCCUCCCUGUGCCUUCUGGUUCCUCCACUUCAACUCCUCUCUGCAGCCAUGUGGCAAGUGCUGCAGAAGCAAGACGUGUUGCAUUAUGGGAAACUGGAGGAGUUUGUGUCUCUGGUGAUGGAGACGUUCCCAGAGCUGCUGAGUGAGAGCCAGAGGACCGAGCUCACACUGGGGCUGCAGUACAUGUCCCCAGCAGAGACUGGCUGUAAAACUGACCCAGCUCUAGAGGUUCUGUUGUGGGAGUUCCUUUCCAGGCUGGAUCAGCUGCUGCUGGUACCAGACCUCAAACAGACAGUGUCGUGGCUCAGUGCUGCCCCCUCUGUCGUGGAGGUCUGUGUGCAGUCUGUUUCUUACACAGACAAUCUGAAGACCCUUCUCAGGCACCACCGAAGUCUUGGACAGCUGGACAUGAAUGUAACACUUCCCUCCAUAGAGGAGUGCAAGCUGUUCUCUAUGUCCCGCCCUCCCUCCCAAAGAGUGAUGGAUUCUACCAAACUGACAAACACCAACAGCCAAUCAGACUCUAUAACUAACUGCAUGAAAUUUUUAAGCUCCACCCCUUCAGAUGAAGACAUCAAGGCAGAAAUUGUGAUGGACAGCACAGAUUAUGAAGGGGUGGAGCCAAUGUCAAGUUUGAACAGAUGUGAAGACAUGGACGAGAGGACACAGGGAAAUACCGAGUAUUUAAUAAGCAGAGCGAAAAAGGACUUACUAACCAACAUGAAGGAGGAGGAGGAAAAUUGGGAGAGACAGAGUGUAAAAAUGAAGAGGGAGGAUGGCGUGAGAGAUGAAGAGGGACUCUGGAAGCAGGAAGAUAAAGAGAGGGAUGAACAGAGGGAGGGGUAUUUAAAUGGUCAAACUGCCCAAACUGGAAAAUUGAUGUUGAAUGGAGUAAAAUCACAACAUGGACAACAGGAAGGGGAGGGGCUGUCUACUGCAGUCACUUCCUGUUUGGUAAGACAGCCUAGAGUGCUGAUUCGCCGAAUAGAAAUUGGUAGUUCAGUUCCUGUGUCAUUACCUUGCUCCAUGGUCACACGAUUAAGGACAAAUAGAUCACUGAGACAGAAGGGCCCGGUCGUGACCCGGAAGAGGAAGACAAUUGGCCAGUUGGAGAAACCCCUGAAUCCGCUGCCAUCUUCAUCAGAGAAUAGGAUCUGUGCUGAAGCCUUCCUUAUUUCUCCUGUCAUCUCCCCCAGGAACCAAAACACAGGACAAACUGUUGAGGUGUCGUCUCAGGUCUUUGCCUGCUCCCAGUACCCAUUCAUUCACACACAGGAGCUCAACAGGACUGUGGGGUCCCAGCAACCAACCAGCACCUCAAAUCAGCACCCCAUCCCCCCUAAGACACCCCCCAAACCGACACUGUCCCACACAGGCACUCCCGGGCCGCACACGUGCUCCCAGUGUGGGAAGAGUUUUGCUUAUUUGAGUACUCUGAAGAGGCACCAGGUAACUCAUACAGGGGAACGCCCGUACCACUGCUCCCGGUGUGGGAAGAGUUUUGGCAGAUCAGAUAAGCUGAGGCUGCACCAGCGACUUCACAUGGGAGAAUGCCUGCACCGCUGCUCUCAAUGUGAGAAGAGUUUCAGCACGUCACAUCAACUGAAGCAACACCAGCGAUUUCAUACAGGAGAAUGCCUGUACGAGUGCCCCCGGUGUGAGAAGAGUUUCACUCAUUUGUGUACGCUGAGGAGACACGAGCGAACUCAUACAGGGGAACGCCCAUACCACUGCUCCCAGUGUGGGAAGAGUUUUGGAAGAUCUGAUAAACUGAGGCUGCACCAGCGACUUCAUAUAGAAUACCCCUACCACUGCUCCCACUGUGGCACGAGUUUCACUUGUUUAGGUACUCUGAAGAGACAUCAGCAAACUCGUACCGGUGAGCGCCCUUACCACUGCUCCCUGUGCGAUAAGAGUUUUGUCAGGUUAGAUAAUCUGAAGGUGCGCAAGCGAACUCAUGCAGGAGAGUGCUCGUAACACUGCUCCCGGCGUGGGAAGAGUUUGGGUUGUUAGGAUUAUGUGACCGUACACCAGCGACACUACUCGGGAUUAGGUUUCUGUUCCUCUGCUCCCAGUGUAGGGAGAGCUUCUGUCAUUCAGUCCUUACCAGGGACAGUUCAGAGAGAGAAAAGGUAGAAUAUUGUAUAUAUAUAUCUACUUUCUCUGUAAUUAAAAAUUAUACUUAAAAACCUUA